AUGUAUGUUGUAUCUGAUAGGCAUGAAAGCAUCAUCAAGGCUGUAUCCAAAGUAUAUCCUAAUGUUCCCCAUUUUGCAUGUAUAUGGCAUCUUUGGAAGAAUGUAUACAAUAAAUAUAGAAAGAGUCACAAGGUGCUGAGUGGGGUGUACUAUGCAAUGGCAAAAGCGUAUACACAGGAUGAGUUUGACAUGCUAAUGGAAAAGGUUGAGACGGUGGAUAUUCGUGUAAAGGAUUACUUGGAGUUAGCCGGAAGGGAAAAGUGGUCUAGGCUUUAUGCUCCAGUCAACCGAUCAUGGACAAUGACGUCUAAUAUUGCUGAGUCUAUCAAUUCAGCUCUCGUACAAGCAAGAGAAUUACCAAUAUUUGAUUUUCUGGAAGAAGUUAGGAUUAUGUUUGGGCGCUGGAAUUUCACUAACCGACAAAAUGGUUCAUAUACAUUCACAACACUUGGGAAGAAAUUCAAUGAAAUGCUUACCAUUAAUGAGCGUAAAUCUGCACGCAUGACGGUUAUACCAUCAACCGAAUAUGUGCACACGGUAAUUGAUGAGGGGCGGCGUUUCAUAGUUUGUAUUCAAAAGAAGACAUGCAGUUGCAAAGAGUUUCAGAUGGAGGAGAUUCCCUGCCCACAUGCCUGGGCUGUUCUUAAGAAAAAAAAUCUCACAGCCGACAACUAUUGCUCAAAAAUAUACAAACCUGAAACUGUGAUGAAGACUUAUGAUAUCCCAGUUUAUCCUCUACCCGAUGAGAGUGAAUGGAAAAUACCUGGCUACAUUUUGGAAGAGGCAACUCCAAGAUUAAGUGAAGACAAAAUGAAACAGUGUGUUGAUCCAAAGCUAAAUAAUGACUGUCCUGCAAAAGCAAUUGCCAAUAUUUUAUGUAUAAUUUCCUCUGAGAUGGCAGCAGUAGCAGCACUUUGUGUUCAAUAUGAGGCAGAUUUUUGGCCAAAUAUGACCAUAGUUGUUAAGGCACUGCAACCACUUCUCAAUGCAAAACCUGCAGGACCUGAGUCUAAUACAUAG